AAUUUAAUUUGAUAGUUAGGGCGUUUUUUCUUUUUCGUAGAAAUUUUUAAUAACUGAUAAGGCAGAACUUGAACGAGACACUUGAAGAAUUAAUAGGAUAUCCACCGGUAUAUAACUUCCGGGUUUGAAUCGCAGCAGUCAUGAAUCUACUGACUCCAAUUUUCAGAUCAGCGACAAAUUCUUUUUGCAAGUUUAUGAUACUAAAGCUAUGGAAAGCAACGUUAGCUUGCAGUGCCUCUUUGAGGCAAUACAGUGGAUUUAAGAUUGACAACCUCGACCAUUUUGUUAUAACAGUCAAGGAUAUCAACAAAACAUGCGAUUUCUACUCGAAGGUGCUGGGAAUGGAAGUCACAACCUUCAAGGGCAACAGAAAAGCUUUAACUUUCGGCUCCCAGAAGAUCAACAUCCACGAACAUGGAAAAGAAUUUGAGCCAAAAGCUCACCUACCGACCCCCGGCUCAGCAGACGUUUGUUUUAUCACGCGGGAAAAUUUGAAUUCUGUUAUUAAACAUUUAGAGGAAAAUAAUGUGGAAAUUACCGAAGGUCCUGUGGAUAGAACGGGUGCCACUGGACCAAUCAAAUCGGUGUACUUCCGAGACCCUGACCACAACCUCAUAGAAAUCUCUAACUAUACACAGGACUGAAGAGUUGCGUCCCUUUUUAUGGAUGUCGACAAUUACGACAAACUAUUAAAUAUCAACCCGUGAUUGGAUGCUUUCUUAAGAUAUGAAUAUCCAAGAAACAGCUGGAAUGUCAUUCAACAUGAAUAAAUGAUACUGCCAAAAUAAGUUAAAAAAAA